AUUUCACACUUUUGAUUCACAUUCACUCAAAGCAAAAGCUCAUCAUUUUUCUUGUACUUCCAAAUUUCUAAAGUCCAAAAAACAACACUUAAAACUACGUACCCUUCCUUUUCUUAAAAAGUUUUAGUUUAGUUUAGCUUAUUCAACUGAAACUUCACUCAAAUACUCAAAGUCAAACGUUGCUCAAGUGCUUUAAUUUACGGUUUCAUUAUUUUUUUUUCAAAAUGGAUUUUUUUGCUCAAGAUUACGAGAUGGUGGAUUCUGGGUCGGUUUCGUCGCCGCUGUCUGAUGGUGGAAGUGGAACUGGACGUCCGGCGAAUUUUUCCGAUGAAGAUGUGAUGCUAGCUUCCAGUUAUCCGAAGAAGCGAGCCGGAAGAAAGAAAUUCCAGGAGACUCGACACCCGGUGUUCAGAGGAGUCCGUCGGAGGGACUCCGGGAAGUGGGUUUGUGAAGUGAGGGAGCCUAAUAAGAAGUCGAGGAUUUGGCUGGGGACUUUUCCCACAGCAGAAAUGGCGGCGCGUGCACACGACGUGGCGGCGAUUACUCUGAGAGGAAGAUCAGCUUGUCUGAACUUCGCGGACUCUGCUUGGAGGCUUACGAAGCCGACUUCUAGUGAUCCAAAGGAUAUCCAGAAGGCGGCAGCAGAGGCGGCGGAGGCUUUUCGACAGGCUGAGCAUUCGGAUGGGAACUCUGGAGAUGAUGCGAAGAGAGCUGAAAACACGGAGGUGGGUAAAAUGGCAGUGUCAGAAAAUGGGUUUUAUUUGGACGAGGAGGCGAUUUUCGGGACGGAAAGGUUUUUUGCGAACAUGGCGGCGGGCAUGUUGAUGUCACCUCCUCGUUGUGGAUAUAAUUGGGAUGAACAAGAAUUUGAUGGCGCCGAUGGUUAUGUACCUCUUUGGAGUCAUUCAAUUUAAAUUACCUCAAUAGACAUUUCAAGUACACACAGGAUAAAGUGAGGCUUCUAGUUGGCGAAUACCUUUUUUAUCCGUACUUUUGGUUUUUUUCUAGUACGGAUGUUGUUAGAAGGGAAAAGGAUUGAUUUUGUGGAUGAGAGUCAAAAUCUAAACGAAAACAAGAAGAGUCAAAGCUAAUUGUCGGGUAAAAUUUGACAUGAAGUUAGAUAUU